ACUCAAUGAAUUAACCAUGACAAUUGAACACAGCAUUGCAUCUGCUGCUUGGGAUUGAGCCAUCACUAACAGUCGUAAAGAACGAGCCAUCACAUCGAGUGUGGGGAGCAGCUGCCCACGCUGGAUGAAUCCUGUUCAACCUCCAUCUUCAAACUCCUCUUUUGCAGGUUCUUCUGAAGCACCAGUAGAAAAGAAGGAUGAUGGGGGCACUGACCAAAUGCAGCCCUCAGGAAGAAGAAAUGGACAAGCCAGAGAAGUCCCAGAGUACCUUGCAGCUAAGGCAGGAAAAUCGAUGGAGCUGGAUGAGGAGAGUCUGCCUGAGAGUGAGCUUCAGUGUUCUCUUCUGUGUGAUGCUCCAGAUUCUGGUCCUCUGGAUUGGAUAUUUAUGUCAAGGUCAUGGAGUGCUUGCAGCUGGACAGAAAGUCCUCAGCCUUUUGCAGUAUCUGCUGAUGCCUCCACUUGCCUUCCCAAUCAUUUCAAUGGAUACAGAGGGUGUGUUGCCUCUGCAGCAAGGACUGUGGGAUGCGGGGAGCUGUUGCCCUCUAUUGGCAACAGCUAUACUGGGGACAGUACUGACAGGGUCUGGAAUCCUCUAUUGUCUUAAAGUCGUCCGACAAUUCACAACAGAGGCAAGGCGUCAGUCAAUGAGCCGGCAGCCCUCCUUCACCUACUCUGAAUGGCCUGAAGAAAUAACCGAUGAAAUCACUGAACCAGCACUCAACGAUCCAGAUCAGGAUGACAUUGAUGGCCAAGUAUUUUACCAGUCCGAGUACCAGGAACAGACAGAGAACCAACUUCAGUCCCUUGAGAGUUCCACAGAUUCGAUGUCCGAAUCGGUGGAUCAGUUGACUCUGGCUGUUAAACCAGUGGGACUUCAGGAGAGGAGAGGUUCAAACGUAUCAUUGACCCUUGACAUGUGCACACCAGGAAGUGAAGAAGCUGAUGAAGAUGUGCUGUCACCCAGGGAACAGUCAGCAAGGGAAUGCUUGCAAACAGCAUCCAACCUACUCAGUGCACAAAAACUACACAAGCGAGCCAUGGAUUCCUUCGCUCUCCAGAGAGAAUUCCUUGAAAUACCAAUGAAUUUUGUUCAUCCAAAGGAAUUUGAUAUUCCAGGUUUUGGAUUGAAGAAUCGCUAUAAGACAAUACUACCAAACCCCCACAGCAGAGUGUGCCUUACCAUUAAAUCACCAGAUGAUCCGCUAAUCUCAUACAUUAAUGCUAACUACAUUAGGGGCUACGGAGGGGAGGAAAAGGUGUACAUUGCUACUCAGGGACCAAUUGCGAACACUGUGUCGGAUUUCUGGACAAUGAUUUGGCAAGAAAAGUCAACCAUUGUUGUCAUGAUCACAAACCUAGAAGAGAGGAAUGAGAAAUGUACAGUGUACUGGCCUGAGGAUCAAGCCAGUUAUCAAGGAAUUGAAGUCUUUAUCAACAACGUUCUACAUGCAGAUGAUUAUAGUUUGAGAAACAUCACCCUGAAGGAUGGGUUUGAGGAACGACAUUUAAAACACUACUGGUACACAUCAUGGCCAGAUCAGAAGACACCAGACAAUGCUCGACCUCUUUUACAACUAGUCCAGGAGGUGGAAGAAGCUAGGAUGCAAGCAAAGAAGGACAACAGUGGACCAGUUUUAGUCCACUGCAGUGCAGGCAUUGGAAGGACAGGAUGUUUCAUUGCCACCAGCAUCUGUUACAGAGAGCUGAAGUACUCUGGUGUGGUUGAUGUACUACGGACAACUUGUCAACUGAGGAUAGACAGGGGAGGAAUGAUCCAGACAUGUGAGCAGUACCAGUUUGUGCACCAUGCUCUAAGCCUUUGUGAGAGACAGUUAGCCCAACAAGCCGAGGAAUGAAUGACAACAAACCAGCCAUGGACCAAAGUAACAGAAAAAUCUCCUUGGUGAUUUUAUUAUCAUAAUUAUAUGUUCUCAAUCAGAUAACUGAUGCUGAAGUGUAUGUGUGCAUAUGUGCAUGGAUCUCAACCACUAUGUUUCAGUGUUGGUGAUCUUGAUAUGCAUCAUCCUCAUCUUUUCAUUUAAAAAAAAAGUUUUACAAUUUAUCAAUUGUGCAGGAGUUAAAAUAUCAACUACACUGGUACCUCCCUUAGCAUUCAAAAUAUGUUCCCAGGAAUGACAGAGCUAAUAGAAUUGGUUCUAAAAGUUGCCUUUAUAGCACCAUCCAUACAGAAACAUGUUAUUGAGAAUUAAAAACAAAGUGCUGGAGGAACUUAGUGGGUCAAGCACCUGUGGAGGGAAGGGCCAGACAAGAUUUUGGGGUGGGAUCCUUCUUCAGACUGACCCCAAUCGGGAGUAGAAAGCUAGAAAAUAGAGGUGGGGGUGAGGCAAGGCCUGGCAAAUGUGAUAGGUGAGAUGGGAAGAGGGAGAGUGGAAGGUGGGAGGAGUCAAUGAUAAAGGCAAGAGAUGAAAAGGAGAAAAAAGAACAUAAGUAAAAUGUAAUGUAAUAUGGGUGGAAACGGGUGGGAAAGAGGGGGGAUAAAUGGGAAAUGGGGGACUUGAGACUCGGAGAUGAGCAUAUGGAGGAAGGGAUAGGAGUAAAGUGACUAAGGUGGAGGGAGAUGGUGGCAAAAAUGUGCGCA